GUAUGAAUGAGACUGAUUAAUUAAGAUGUAAAAGAGAGUAAUUUCAUAGCGAAAUAAGAAGAAAUCAAUUAGAAAAGAUCUUCAAUUUGAAAAGAUAAGUUUCAAAUUCAGAUGCUCUUAUUUCUAAUUAUUAUGCUUAGUAAAUUCAAUAAAUGGGGAAAAUUAAAUUACUAGACCUAUUAAUAUUGAUAAAUGAGAAAGUAAAUAAACCUAUUGUUGAAAUGGUUUAAAAUGACCUUGGUUUAUAAUUGUGCAGAUUACUAAAUUUAAAUGAACUCUAUUCUAAUUGGGAUCUGUUCAAAAAUAUAUUAACUUAUCUAAAUAAUUUAGUAUUAUUACCAGAUGAGCAUUUACAUAGUUAUCCAAAAUUUAUAGAGAUGCUUACAGCAUUUUCAUAGUUAUUUAUACUUUUAGAAGCUGAAAUAUUUCGAAAAGGUUUUUGUAUCAAAGGGAAUGAUUAAAAUUGUCCUUUAGAAAUGGGAUAUGAUGAUUAAUGUCGAUUAUCUUAUACCUUUAUUAAAAUUGAUUAGAUUUUAAUGUAUUCAUCAACGACAUUUUUAUCAAGAGCAGAAUUAUUAAGAAGCAAAAUUUAUGUACAUAGUAUAUGUCAUGCAUUUCAUGUAUAAAUAAAUAAUAAUAUUACUUAGAGUUAAAUGGAUAAUAGUGUACUUGAGUUACAUUUAUAAUUAAUAUCAUCUUUAUUAUAGGACUUAUAUAAGUAAGAUAAUGAUUGUCGAAAACAUGCUGAAGUAUUCAUUAAACCAGUUUGUAGUGCAUUAUCAACCAAAAAUUUAGAUAAAUUAAAUUAUUUAUUAUAAAUAUUGCUCAAUUUGACAUUUGUGGGAAUGCAUAAUGGAUAUGUAUUAAAUAUGCUUUGAAAAUUAGAUUAAUUAAAUUUUUAAAUUUAAUGGAGCUUUGGAAUUAAUGUCAAUUCUAAAUGAAGGUUACAAUGAUUAAUUGGCUUUAAGAAUAUUAGCAGAAAUAGCAUCAUAAAGUCCAGCUCAUAUUGAAAUUUUACUCAAAAAUGGAUUACUCUAAUAAUUAAAAAAUAAACUCUGUUCAAAUAAGUAUUUAUUAUUUAAAAAAUUUUAGUAAAUUGGUUUAAAAUUAAGCCUUAUGGGUCUUAGAAUUUUGUUUAUGUGGAGGCAAAUAAUUUUAUGAUGUCAUAUUUACAUAAACCGAUAUUACAAAUUAUGUUAUCCAAUUAAUGAAUUCCUAAGAUGAAUAGAUACAUGUUUAAGCUUGUUUUACAAUGUGUGCAUAUUUUCAGAAAGGUAAUUAUCAAUAAACUCAACAACUUUGUUAAUCUAAAAUACAUUUAACAGUGUUUUAAUUUUUACAAUUGCAAAAUGUAGAAUUAAAAUAGGCAAUUCUUGAAGCAAUAGUAGAAAUAUUAAACAAAGAGACAUGGCAUAGUAAUCAAUAUGCAUUGAUAUAUCCAUCAGAAAGAGAGAAUUUACGCUUUAUUUUAGAAAGGCUUGAUGAAGACCAAUCUAUAUUUUCAAUGAUAAAUAAUGUUUUAUCAUAUUUAUGA